CUCUUUAAGGCUCUGCUGCGCCUGCGCCUUGGCUUUUCCUGACGUGACCGGGCCGGACCCUGGAAGGAGCUGAGGGGCGCGCACAGUGGGGACUGGCGGGGACUGAAGACCGCGGCGGUGCCCAGAGGGGAGGGUGAGCGGCCCUGAGCGGGUGCAGUGCGUCUUAAGAACGCGGGGCCGAGGUGCGGCUGCCGGCUGGAUGGGAAGUUAAUGUUUACGGAGAAGUCCACCCGAGGUUUCCAAGGUGGCGACAGACAAGGUUGCAGAGAAGUUGAGUUCUACUCUCUCAUGGGUGAAGAACACAGUAUCGCAUACAGUCAGUCAGAUGGCCAGUCAGGUGGCAAGUCCAUCUGCUUCAUUACACACUACAUCCUCAUCUACCACACCAUCAACACCGGCUGUUUCACCAGCUUCCCCAUCACAGUUGAGUCCAGACGACUUAGAACUCCUGGCUAAACUGGAGGAACAAAAUAGAUUGUUAGAGACGGACAGUAAGUCUUUAAGAUCUGUAAAUGGGUCAAGAAGAAACAGUGGCUCCUCUCUUGUAUCAAGCUCAUCAGCCUCCAGCAACCUCAGCCACCUUGAAGAAGAUUCUUGGAUUCUCUGGGGAAGAAUUGUCAAUGAAUGGGAUGAUGUGCGCAAAAAGAAGGAAAAGCAAGUUAAGGAACUUGUACGUAAAGGGAUACCCCACCACUUUAGAGCAAUAGUUUGGCAACUUCUAUGCAGUGCACAAAGCAUGCCAAUUAAGGAUCAGUAUUCAGAGCUCUUGAAAAUGACCUCACCUUGUGAGAAAUUGAUCCGAAGGGACAUUGCUAGAACUUACCCUGAACAUAAUUUUUUUAAAGAAAAAGAUAGCCUUGGACAAGAGGUUUUAUUUAAUGUAAUGAAGGCAUAUUCCUUAGUGGAUCGUGAAGUUGGUUACUGUCAAGGAAGUGCUUUUAUUGUUGGAUUGUUGCUUAUGCAGAUGCCAGAAGAAGAGGCUUUCUGUGUAUUUGUUAAGUUAAUGCAAGAUUAUCGACUUCGUGAACUUUUUAAACCAAGUAUGGCAGAAUUAGGCCUUUGUAUGUACCAGUUUGAAUGCAUGAUACAGGAGCAUCUUCCAGAGCUCUUUGUACAUUUUCAGUCUCAGAGUUUUCAUACCUCAAUGUAUGCAUCAUCCUGGUUUCUGACUAUCUUUCUUACAACUUUUCCACUACCAAUCGCAACAAGGAUAUUUGAUAUCUUCAUGUCUGAGGGAUUAGAAAUAGUGUUUCGAAUAGGAUUAGCCCUUCUUCAGAUGAAUCAGGCAGAAUUAAUGCAACUUGACAUGGAAGGGAUGUUACAGCACUUUCAGAAGGUCAUUCCACAUCAGUUUGAUGGUGGUCCAGACAAAUUAAUCCAAGCAGCUUACCAAGUUAAAUACAACUCAAAGAAAAUGAAAAAGCUUGAAAAAGAAUACACUACAAUAAAAACUAAAGAGAUGGAAGAGCAAGUUGAAAUUAAAAGAUUACGCACUGAAAAUAGACUAUUGAAGCAGCGCAUUGAAACAUUAGAAAAAGAAAGUGCUUCCUUGGCAGAUAGAUUGAUACAGGGACAAGUGACAAGAGCCCAGGAGGCUGAGGAAAACUACCUCAUAAAACGGGAGUUGGCCACCAUCAAACAGCAGAGUGAUGAGGCCAGUGCUAAGCUGGAGCACGCUGAGAAUACCAUCAGGAAGCUCCAGCACCAGCAACAAUGGCACAAAUGCAGUUCCCACUACAAUGAAGAUUUUGUGCUACAGCUAGAGAAGGAAUUGGUCCAGGCCCGACUGAGUGAAGCUGAGUCUCAGUGUGCACUAAAGGAGAUGCAAGAUAAGGUUCUGGAUAUAGAGAAGAGGAACAACUCCUUUCCAGAUGAGAAUAAUAUUGUGAGGCUUCAGGAGGAGCUUAUUGCUGUGAAACUAAGAGAAGCAGAAGCCAUUAUGGGUUUGAAGGAACUUAGACAGCAAGUCAAGGAUUUAGAAGAACACUGGCAGCGCCACUUAGCUCGUACUACUGGAAGAUGGAAAGACCCAUCUAAGAAAAAUGCUGUGCAUGAAUUACAAGAUGAACUGAUGACCAUUCGACUUAGAGAAGCGGAAACACAGGCAGAAAUAAGAGAAAUGAAACAGAGGAUGAUGGAAAUGGAGACACAGAACCAAAUUAACAGUAAUCAUCUACGAAGAGCAGAACAAGAGGUCACCAAUCUGCAGGAAAAGUUGCACUAUCUUUCUGCCCAGAACAAAGGACUGCUUACUCAGUUAAGUGAAGCAAAGCGCAAACAGGCAGAGAUUGAAUGCAAGAACAAAGAAGAAGUGAUGGCUGUGAGACUCCGGGAAGCAGAUAGCAUGGCAGCUGUGGCUGAACUACAGCAGCAUAUUGCAGAGCUUGAGAUCCAGAAAGAAGAAGGAAAGCUUCAAGGACAGCUUAGCAAGUCUGAUUCUAACCAGUAUAUUAGGGAACUGAAAGAUCAGAUCGCAGAGCUGACUCAUGAGCUCAGGUGCCUAAAAGGCCAGAGGAGCUUCACAGGCCAACGUCCUUUUGAUGGGAUCCACAUUGUCAACCAUUUGCUAGAAGAUGAGGACUCAUUCCAUUCCUCUGAUGAAGAUUUCAUAGAAAAUUCCCUACAGGAAAGUACCAUUGCUUUUCCUUUGCAUCGGGAACCUGACCCAAUGUCUUUGGACCCCACUGUGGCAGAUGGUAGCGAAAGCGAAACAGAAGAUGGUGUGCUAGAAACGGAAGAGACCGAGCAAGUGGUUCGGAAGGAGCAGCCCCCACACAGAGAAUCAUAUUCAACCACCGUCUGACCUUCACUGUGAUCUCCACUGGAUUCUCCAAGGAAUUGGUUACCAUAUGAUAAGGGAGUUUUGGAACAAACUGUUUCAUAUGUACAUAUACAUAUAUAUAUAUAUAUAUUUUAUGAUCUUAUCUGCCUUUUAUCUUUGCCAAACUUUCACCACUGAUUUUCCAUUGCCAUAAAGUAGACUGGGAUAUGGUCAAUGGGUAAAAUAAGGUUCUAGCAGUAUUACUGAUUACUAAUGUUUCUUGUGUAGUAAAUAAGAUGAUAACUCAAUAUGGGGACCAAUUUGAAGUUACAAAACUAUGGAAAACUGGGUUUUCUUCAGACAAAACUGCUCUUGUGCAAUAUUUUAUGCUCAGUAAACAAAUUGUAUAUUUAUGUUUAUCAACUUGUUUUCAGAGUGCUCUCUAGACCUUUUGACCAAGACAUAUAUCUGAUUUACCAGGUGUUAUUUUGGAGAUUUUGUUUUCCACUUUUAGUGGGCCACUAACAGUUCUCAAACACAAAGCCUCUUUCUUUAUAAUUUUAUAAACACAAACUAAUUGUUACCUGUUUUGAGUUUAAGAUUUGUUUUACUUUCUAACUUUUAUGUGUGUAUGAUACUUCCAUGUGUUGGUUACUUUCAAAUAUAUUAUUUGUAUAUAUUUAUAAGUCUGUACUACCCAAACAUUGGAUAUGAUUUUAUAUAAAGAAUACACAUAUUGCAAAAUGACUGCUUUUAGCCUCCUAACAGAACUUCUGUAAAUAAUAAGUUGAAGGAAAUAAAAUCAGACACUAAUAUUUUAA